AUGACAAGAAGAAAUCAAACUAUUGUCUCAGACUUCCUCCUUCUGGGCCUGCCAAUUGAGCCAGAGCAACAAAAUCCGUUUUAUGUCCUGUUCCUGGCCAUGUAUCUUAUCACCAUACUGGGGAAUCUCCUGAUAAUUUUCCUGAUUUGCCUGGACUCCCACCUGCACACACCCAUGUAUUUGUUUCUCAGCAAUUUGUCUUUCUCUGAUAUCUGCUUCUCUUCUGUGACCAUUCCGAAAUUGUUGCAAACCAUGCAGAGCCAAGACUCAUCCAUCCCUUUUGCUGGCUGCCUAAACCAAAUGUACUUCUUUCUGUUUUUUGCAGACCUGGAGAGUUUCCUCCUAGUGGCCAUGGCCUAUGACCGCUAUGUGGCCAUCUGCUUCCCCCUCCACUACACCACCAUCAUGAGCCCCAAGCUCUGUCUCUCCCUGGUUGUGCUGUCCUGGGUGCUGACCAUGUUCCAUGCUAUGUUACACACUCUCCUCAUGGCCAGAUUGUGUUUCUGUGCCGACAACAUAAUCCCCCACUUUUUCUGUGACAUGUCUGCUCUGCUGAAGCUGGCCUGCUCUGACACUCGAGUCAAUGAGUUGGUGAUAUUUAUCAUGGGAGGGCUCAUUCUCGUCAUCCCAUUCCUACUCAUUGUCAUGUCUUAUGCACGGAUUGUGAUCUCCAUCCUCAGGGUCCCUUCUGCCAGGGGCAUCCGCAAGGCCUUCUCCACCUGUGGCUCCCACCUCUCUGUGCUGUCUCUUUUCUAUGGGACAGUUAUCGGUCUCUACUUGUGCCCUUCAGCUAAUAAUUCUGCUGUUAAGGAGACCGUCAUGGCCGUGAUGUACACUGUGGUCACCCCCAUGCUGAAUCCCUUCAUCUACAGCCUGAGGAACAGAGACAUGAUGGGAGCUCUGGGAAGACUCCUUUUCAAAAAGAAAAUUUCCUUCUCUGUAUGAUGGUAAAGCUGAGGAUUUUUACAUAAUUUUAUCAGGUAGAUACACUGAUGUUGACCCAGGCUUCUUUUUUUUCUCUCACCAUGAAUUUUUCUAUUAAAAAGACCUACUAAAUAAUU